AGGAAAACCUCAGUUUGCAAUUUUCACUUUUCAAGGCGAGAGAGAUGGCGAUGGAUGGGAGCAGCGGAGGUGAAGAAUUCGCAGUUGGAUGCCUGCUAUCGAUAAAAACUACUUUUGGAGACGAAUUUGAAGGUCAAGUCAUAACCUACGAUCGCCCUUCUAACAUUGUCGUCCUCCAAGAAGGUUUGAAAUCGAACCCACAAUCACGCCGCAACAUUAGGUUACUCAAAGCCAACUACAUCAAAGAGUUUUCCUUUUUGGGUCAAUCUGAUGAUCCACUUGAUCUCAAGAAGUGCUAUCUCGAUCUCAAUUCACUCCAAUCUAAAGAAGAUGCCGCCGUUAGACAAGCAGAGAUAGACGUUGAGAGAAUUGGGGUUGGUGUUACUGCAGAAGCUCAGAGCAUUUUUGAUGCUUUGUCUAAAACGCUGCCUGUUCGGUGGGACAAGAGCGUGAUAGUGGUGAUGAACGAGGUGCGUGUUAGCAGUCCAUAUCUUGCUGAAUCUGUUACAGGAGGAACUCCUGCUGCCAAUGAGCGAGUCAGGAAAGUGCUUGAGCUUGAAAGGAGGAGGUUGCAAACUCGUGGAUCUGGUCAAUGAACACCAGGAACAUGAACAGGAAAAAUAUUAAUAUUUGGAGUUGGAGAAACAUGGAUUCAGAAUUUUAGAUGCCCCAAAGUUAGCUUGAAGGACCCAAAUCCGUUUUAUCAAAUUCAUUCUUAUUUAAGAGUGUGGAUGAGGAUGACAUUCGCUUUGAGAGUGUUUGAGGAUACACACACAAUCCAUAUCAUCAUCAAGU